AGUUGCAAGCUUGUAAAUUGACUAAAAUGGCGCUGGAUGACUCGAGCGAAGUAUCAAAGGUCAUUAAUUCAUUGUAGAUAAGUAAUUCUUUAUAUCAAAGCAACUACAUUGUUUUAAUCCAUCUACCUCGGAUUUUCGUCAUUUUUUACUUAUGAAUUUGUGACACACUUUUUGUUUAACAUUUUACUACAUUCUGAUGGAAGAAAUGAAUACCUACUAUGGAGGUAGUAGAAUUAUUCAAUAAAUGUAAUGAAAGUUUGGGUUCUUAUAUUUUUUCAAGAUGGAUUGGCAAAUUAAUUACAGAAUACCAAACAUCAAAGACCCUAUUUAGUAUUAUAAUAUCAAGUCUUGUGAUUUUAUUAAUUAUAUCUAUAAUCAUUCUGAGAAAAUGGAAAAACAAAGAAUUUCUUCCAGAAGUAAAAGAAUUUGUUGGAGUAGGUACAGGCAAGCCCAGAUUCAGAAAAAGAGACAAAGUACUUUUUUAUGGAAGAAAAAUGUUACGCAAAGUAAAAUCCAUCAGUGGACAAGUACAUGCAACUGGACAAGGAAAAAAAAGAAAAGCUGUAAUGAGAUUUGCACGAAGACUUUUGCAACUUAAAAAAGAAACAGUACCACAACAAUUAAAAGUUUUAGAACCACCUGCUGAAUAUUUAGAAGAAGAUCUAGGUCCUGGAGAAAAAGUACCACCUGAUGCUUUAUAUAUGUUGCAAAGUAUCAGAGUAUUUGGUCAUUUUGAAAAACCAGUAUUUCUUAAAUUAUGCAAACAUACAGAAAUUAUGAAUUUACCAGCUGGAAGCACCUUAUUUAAAAUUGGAGAUCCAGAUGAAAAUUUAUUUAUAGUACAACAAGGCUUAGUUAAUGUUUAUAUUACAGGACCUGAUGGUUCUCAAAUAUCAUUGAAAUUAGUAAAAACUGGAGAAUCAGUAACUAGUCUUCUUAGCUUCACAGAUGUACUUACUGGGCAUACAAGUACCUAUAAAACAGUAUCAGCUAGAGCUGUAGAAGAUUCUAUUGUAGUAAAAUUACCAAUGAAUGCAUUUCAAGAGGUUUUUCAAGAUCAUCCUGAUGCAUUUGUUCGAGUUAUCCAGGUCAUUAUGGUCCGUCUUCAAAGAGUCACUUUUACUGCUCUCCAUCAAUAUCUUGGAUUAUCUGCAGAAUUAGUUAAUCAAGGAUCACAUAAAAAGAAACAAAGUCCAUUUUCUGGAUCUCCAGUUAGAUCAAGAACUAAAGAAAAUUGUUCUACCCAGAAUAUAGAAAAUCAAUCCAAUACAUUUACAACUAUUUCAUCAGAACAUGAUAAAAAUGAAAUAGUUCAUAUUUCUACAUUAAGUAGUCAUCAAAGUGUACCAAUUGUUAUAAGUCGACGGCAAAAAACUAAUCUUGAUUGGAAAAAUCAAAAUUUAAGUUCACAAUCAGGUCAAAAUACAGCAGAUAUGGUACCAGAAUGUGAUUCUCAUUGGCCAAAUUCUUCUCCUAUAACAUCACAACAAGGAUCACAACCAGAUGUAAUACAUACUGGAAAUUCACAUAACAAGAAAAGAUCGAUUACUACUGAACCAAUUCAACAACAAUUAGAUGAAGCACAUCUUGUGCAAAUAGCUACAGAAGCAUUCAUUAGGGAACUUGGAUUAGAAGAUGAUUCAAUACUCAAAGAUGGUAAAGUUCAAAUUAGAGAAGUACCAAGUGGUACAUAUUUGAUGAAGGAAGAAUCUCACAAGGAUGUUGCACUUGUCUAUGUUAUAUCUGGUAUAUUAAUAGUUAGUCAACGCGUUUCAGAAGGUAGAGAUGUAGGUCAAGAAGUUCAUAUGUUUAGUGCUCAUCAAGGCGAAAUUGUCGGUGGUUUAGCUGUAUUAACCGGAGAACCUUCUUUUUAUACCAUUAGAGCAAAACAUUCUAGUCGCAUAGCACUUCUUAGUAAAUCAACAUUUUUCGCUAUUAUGCGAGAACAACCAACUGUUGUAUUACAUGUUGCCCAUUCAGUUGUUCGAAGACUGAGCCCCUUUGUAAGACAGGUUGAUUUUGCACUUGAUUGGCUAUUUCUUGAAAGUGGAAGAGCAGUAUAUCGACAAGGAGAUGAAUCAGAUUCGACAUUUAUUGUAUUAAGUGGUCGACUUCGGUCGGUAAUUACAUAUAAAAAUGGGAAAAAAGAACUUGUUGCAGAAUAUGGGAAAGGUGAUCUUGUAGGUAUUGUAGAAAUGGUUACACAAACACCACGAUCAACAACAGUAAUGGCAGUGCGAGACUCUGAAUUAGCAAAACUUCCUGAAGGAUUAUUUAACGUUAUAAAACUUCGUUAUCCAAUAGUAGUUACAAGACUUAUAAAUUUACUUGGACAUCGUAUACUUGGCACUUGGCAACAAGCACAUACAAAAAAUGGCAGUAACGAUACACAACGAGCCGCAGCGACAGUUGAUGCAAGACCAGCUCAAGUAAAUUUUUCAACUGUUGCAAUAGUUCCGGUAUCCGAUGAUGUUCCUCUAACUGCAUUUACGUACGAACUUUAUCAUUCAUUAUGUGCUAUUGGGCCAUGUCUACGUCUUACUUCUGAUGUUGUUCGAAAAACAUUAGGUAGCACUAUAAUGGAACCUGCAAAUGAAUAUCGUCUAACAUCAUGGCUUGCACAACAAGAAGAUCAACAUCGAAUUUCAUUAUAUCAAUGUGAUCCAACAUAUACAUUGUGGACUCAACGAUGUGUUCGACAAGCUGAUUGUAUUCUUAUUGUGGGUUUAGGAGAUAAGCCUCCAUCUAUAGGUAGAACUGAACGUGAAGUUGAACGUUUAGUAAUGAGAACACAAAAAGAAUUAGUACUCUUACAUAAAGAACAAAGCGGACAACGACCUACAAAUACAGUACAGUGGUUGAAUAUGAGAUCUUGGGUUUCUAGUCAUCAUCACAUUCAAUGCCCUAAACGAAUGUUUACGAGAAGAUCUCAGUACAGAAUUAAUGAAUUGUAUUCUAAAGUUUUGAUGUCUGAACCAAACAUACAUAGUGAUUUCAGUAGACUUGCUCGUUGGUUAACUGGAACUUCAGUUGGACUUGUACUUGGAGGUGGAGGUGCUAGAGGUGCAGCUCAUGUAGGAAUGCUUAAAGCUGUUAUUGAAGCUGGAAUACCUAUAGAUAUGGUUGGAGGAGUUAGUAUUGGAGCAUUUAUGGGUGCUUUAUGGUGUAUGGAAAAAAAUAUAACAACAACAACGCAAAAAGCUCGUGAAUGGUCUAAAAAAAUGACACAAUGGUGGAGACAAAUAAUGGAUUUAACAUAUCCAGUAACAUCUAUGUUUUCUGGAAAAGAUUUUAAUAAUACAAUUCAAGCAACAUUUGGAGAUACAUAUAUAGAAGAUUUAUGGUUACCAUAUUUUACAUUAACUACAGACAUCACCGAUUCUUGUAUGCGUACGCAUACACACGGAUCGCUGUGGCGGUACAUUCGGGCUUCGAUGUCUUUGUCUGGUUAUAUGCCACCCAUGUGUGACCCAGUUGACGGCCAUCUCCUGCUCGACGGCGGGUACGUCAAUAACCUUCCAGGUUUGCUAUGGAGAUACAUUCGAGCCAGUAUGACCAUUGCGGGGGUCUUUCCUCCUAUUUGCGACCCUCUUGACGGGCAUCUUUUGGUCGAUGGGUGUUAUGUUAAUAACGUGCCAGCUGACGAAAUGUUGAGGCAAGGAGCACAUCAUAUUUUGGCUAUUGAUGUUGGGUCACAAGAUGACACGGAUUUAACGAAUUAUGGAGAUUCUUUAUCUGGUUGGUGGUUAUUAUGGAAACGAUGGAAUCCAUUUGCAACGCCUGUCAAAGUUCCGAAUUUACCCGACAUACAAUCGCGAUUGGCAUAUGUUAGUUGUGUACGGCAAUUAGAAGAAGUUAAAAGCUCAGAUUACUGUGAAUACAUCAGGCCACCAAUAGAUAAAUAUAAAACUCUCCAAUUCGCUAACUUUGAUGAAAUUAAAGAUGUUGGAUAUCAACAUGGAAAAACUUAUUUCGAAGGACAAUUAAAAGCUGGAGUUUUACCACGUUUUAAUGCUGAUAGAGAAAAUGCCCGCGCAUUACGAGCAAAACAUCAAGCAGCAAAUCAGCAAUCAAUAUCUUCAUAUACUUUUACAGAUUUAGCUCAAAUGGUGUGUAAAGUCUCUAGAGGAAGUAUAUAUGUAGAUUUGGAAAUUGAUUCUGACACGGAUGAAUUAGAAGAAUACGAGGCAGAUUUGGAAGAAGAUGCACAAGAAGUAGGUUAUGCCUCUGAACCCACUGCCGGUAUUCUAGAUCAGAGUCCUGAUGAAAAUCGUUUACGACGAAGAACUGGUGUUUCUUUAAGUUUAUCUGACACAGAAGCAGAAUCAGAGUUAGAUUAUCAUACCAAAAUGUUCUAAGCAUUUUUUUCUAGUUUUUAUUUUAAUAUCAUCUAUUUCUCCUGUAUCGUACAAUUCAUAAACAUAUACAUACUUGUCAUAUGUACAAAUUAUUAAAACUAUACAAUUACUUAUAGUUUUAUGAACAAUAUAUUUAUAUUAAAGUACAAAAGGGAAUUGUUACGAAAAAAUAUCAAUAAGUACUUUCCGAUUAUGAUCAUUAUAACAAUGCAAUAUCUUACUGUAUUAUUAUAUAUUAAUCAUCAAUGUAUUAUCAUGAAUUGAUACAAUUGUUAAUAUAAUUGUUAAAUAUAUAA